AAGAUCAUGAGAAACAUUUCAGUCAAGUGUUUCAAAACUUUUGACCGGUAGUGUAUAUGUAAGCUCUUUUUCAAUUUUUUCGAUUGGACAGUUAUUUCCUUUUAAAGCCAUGUGUCACCAGAGUCAUGAACAGUUUAAACUCUUGUUUUAGCACAGUGGUUGAUUGACAGAUAAGGACUGGCGCUUCGCUGCAUCCCGGACGGUGUUUACAGCGUUUCAAAUGCGUUUUUGACUACCUCCGUAUAUGUUUUUUUUUUUUAUGAUUCGAUCACAAAAGGUUUUGCACCCCAUUUACACCUGUAUAUAGUGGUGAUCACUUGUCAUCGGAUCAUCCAAAUCACAUCCUAAUACCAGCUGAAAACGAGGUCUAAAUGACCGCUGCCUACAUUAGCGAAUGCUACAGGACGUUUCCCCAGUAAGACCCCCAGGAAUAAGACUGGCAAAUCUACCCCCUUCGAAAUUGAAAAUGCCCCCUCGGGUAAAUUAUCCUGGCUCCAACUCUGCCACCAACUCCACCUCUUCUCCUAGGAUGGAAAUAGUGUUCAGCUUAGUCCUGAUCCUCCUAAAAUCCACAAAAGGUCAAUUUUAACAAAGAGCCUCCCAGAUCCAGCUCUGGUCCUACCUGAUGUCCAGCUCCCAGCACUGCGUGUCGCUGAGUGAUAAUGACUUACUGCAGCCUGUGCAAGCCAGCCAUCACUUCAGUCUAUGAUGGAUUUCACAGAGAAUGAAAUGCUGCCAACUCCAACCAUUAAACAUGGGAUACUUCAAUGGCCACUGCCUGCAUCACCUUGGUCAAAGGAUGGACUACACUCUUAAAAUGGAAUACAUAGACAAUAAAUUAAUUGCCAACUAAAGCCUUCAUCAGCCAAAUAACAAAGGACGCUGCAUUUUCACAGUUAAUUCAGGAUGGAUAAAAACAAGGUGUAUUGUGAAAAGUGCUAUACAAAUAAAUAUGACUUGACUAAAAACAGAAUUACAAUAUACACUGUUAUAUGUUAAAUAUUUUGUAUCUUUUUAACAGGACAACAAAAAGCUCAACAGCUUUUUGGAAGCCAUGACUUUAAGAAUGAAUAGCUUUUAAUGGACUCGCAUAAUGUGAUAAUUUUUUUGAUGCUGUAUCACAGCACAGUGUUAACUGUACUGCAAGGUCAGAGAAUUCAUACUGUUCCUGAGGUUGUUGGGUACCAGGGUCAUGAUGUCACACUGCCAUGCAGCUAUAAUGGAGACCCAGAAGAUAAACUAUCACAAGUUGAGUGGACCUUGAGAAAUCAGUCCAGUGAAAGCACAUCUCUGAAAAUCAUCAUCCUUAGUCCAACACUUGGCAUCCAUAUCCACGAAACAUUCCUGAAAGACAGAGUCAGCUUCAGUAAAAACUCCUCUCUGAUCUCCUUUCUGGCUUCCAUCAUCAUCAAAGAUGUGAAAAAGUCUGAUCAGGGAGUUUAUAGCUGUGAAUAUGCAAUCUUCCCUAGUGGGAGUUAUAAAGGAGAAACCACUCUUAAAGUCAUAGAAGGUAAGCCUCCUGUGCUGUCUACCUCUGAGGUCGCUGGAAUUGUGACUGUUGUAAUGCUAAUCAUUAUGAUUCCAGCUUUUGUGGGAUAUUUAUUCCUGAUCAAGAGACGAAGAGCUGGCAAUACCGGCUACAGCACCAGUUCUGCUUAUUACAUGACUCAGAGGCCUGAUGUUCCACAACAGGAUGUCAUAUACGCUGAUGUCACAAUACUCAAACCAGGCAGAGUCAAUAAAAACUUGUCAAAGGCUGAUGUGGAAUAUGCAGCAGUUUUCUCCAGUCGUUCUGGAUCAUCAUCUCUGCGAGGCUUAGCCAAUCAACAGGCUUUUGGUGACCACACAGCAGAGCAGGAAUCUGUGUAUGCACAGGUGAAAAAAGACUGAUGUUCAUUACAAAUUCAGAUCAUUUGUUUUGUGUUUCUAAUGAUUAGCCUGCCAAAACGGCCCAUUAGCUAUACUCAAUGUUUGGGAAUAAAGCUUGUUUGUUCUCUUAACAGUGGUAGACUUUAGGCUUUAGGCAUGAUGACUUCAGCAACACAUUUCUGUGUGUGCUGUCUAUGUAAUCCUCUUGACAAUUUCUUGUUAUAGAAACCAGACAAGAGACAUAGGAGUUGAAUAGUGAACACUCAUUCCUUAGUAUUCUUUUUUCUUUUUCUUUUUUCUGUGCUUGCUUUUUCAAACUAAACUUUGAUUUUAAUUUUGAAUGUCAAAAUUGUCUGGAGAAAAUGGAAAAAUUAUUCUGUUCACAGCUUAUUUGUUUAUGGUAAAAAAUAAAAAAAUAAAAAAAACUGCAUGGAAGAAAUGAAAAUGAUAAUGUAAUAUUAGUGUGAAUAAACAAAUAUUUAAUACAACAUAAAUUUGUAUAGAAAUAUAAAAAUUAAAAAGAGGAAGUUAUGAUGCCCUUUUGAAACACCUGCAAAUCUGUAUUGUGUGUGUAUAAGUAUAAACUUUAUGCUGAAUCUGAUUCUGAUUUUAAAAUUUCUGAUUCUAAAAACACUGAUCUCAUGAGGAUGCAGAUAUGAAGAUAUAUAUAUUUCUGUGUGUGUCGGUUUACGUGUGGUGUACAGCGCUGCUUACAUGAAGUUCUAUGAAAUGCCAGUUUGAUUUAGACAGAUCAAAGUCCAAGUUUUAAUGAAUGCACAGCUCCUCAUUAUCAGUAACAUACAUUUUAGUCAGAGUUCAUCUCCUCAGUAUCAAUAAAGUAGCUCUAUUUUUAAUUUCCAAAUCAGUCAACACAAUCCUGUAAUUAAAUUACACAGACAGUGAAUUCAAAAAUAAGUAUAGUACAGAAAAGUACGAAUAUCUGUUUAGAAUAUCUUUUUCAGUAACAAGUUUGUGUAUUUCACAAUGCUUCACUGUCCUCCAUUAAAGUGUGCUCACGUUCUGUUGCUCUCUGGCUCUGAUCUUUCUGGUAUCAUUAAGAGAAUGACAUCCAAAAGAGAGCGUCUCUGUGCUACUUCCUGUGUUUGACUAUAGAGAGAGUUCAGUCUGAGAGGGGAAGGAGAAUCUAUGCCACCAUUUGGCUCUGAUCACAGACAGAAUGCAGCCAAUGGGAGAGAGAGAGAGAGAGAGUCUCUGUGCUGCCUGAAGACCAGAAUCAGGGGGAAGUUUAGCAUCCCUGUGCGAUCUGUUGAGCUUCGCAGUGGUAGCACUGAUAAAUCUUUAGUUGUGGGUUGGCAAAAGCAGACAUUUUUCUCUUAGACCUUUACCAUUGCAUUUUUAAGGUUAUUUAUUUUUUUGUUCAGGAGUGUUAUAGUGUCAUGCAAAGGCAUAACGCAAUAACUACACAUUUAGUCAAAACUGAGCUAUGACCGAAAUCGGGUCUCUUGGUCUAUGAUCUGUCCUGUUACAGAUGGGUUUGGCCAAACUAUGCUAAGAUUCAGAAAGAAAAAAAAACAUUGUGAAAAUUGAAAGAUUCAACUCAAAAACCAAAUAACUGUACAUUGCCUUUGUAGGAUAGUAUAGCACGUAGUUCAAUAGUACUACAAAAUAAAAUCUGAAAUGUGAUUAAUUAAUAUGACACAUCACAUUAAUAUUGACUAACCAAAAGAAAAAGAGGAAAAAGGAAAAGAUUCAAAUUCAUGAUUAUGUAUAAGGACAAACAUUACAAAACCAUGACACUUUUACUCUCCCCACUUUGC